AUGGGGAAAGGACUGGAGGGCACGGCGGCCCGCUGCGGGCUGGGAAUGGGAUACCUGCUGCACAGCGUGGUGCUCCCCGCGCUGGCCGUCCUGGGGGCCAGCCGGCCCGGCUCUGCCGCGCAAGAUGAUGAUUUUUUUCAUGAACUUCCAGAAACUUUUCCUUCUGAUCCUCCAGAGCCAUUGCCCCACUUUCUCAUUGAACCCGAAGAAGCUUACAUAGUGAAAAACAAGCCUGUGAAUCUGUACUGCAAAGCAAGCCCAGCCACACAGAUCUAUUUUAAGUGCAACAGCGAAUGGGUUCAUCAGAAGGACCACGUGGUGGAUGAGAGAGUAGAUGAAACCUCUGGUCUGAUUGUCCGUGAGGUGAGCAUCGAGAUUUCCCGUCAGCAGGUGGAGGAGCUCUUUGGGCCCGAGGACUACUGGUGCCAGUGCGUCGCCUGGAGCUCAGCUGGCACCACCAAGAGCCGCAAGGCCUAUGUCCGCAUUGCAUAUCUCAGGAAGACUUUUGAGCAGGAGCCCCUGGGGAAAGAAGUAUCCCUGGAGCAAGAGGUCCUGCUCCAGUGCCGUCCUCCUGAAGGCAUUCCGGUAGCUGAGGUGGAGUGGCUGAAGAAUGAAGAGGUGAUUGAUCCUGUGGAAGACCGAAACUUUUACAUCACCAUUGAUCACAAUCUGAUCAUCAAGCAAGCCCGGCUUUCUGACACAGCCAACUACACUUGUGUUGCCAAAAACAUUGUGGCCAAAAGGAAAAGCACUACAGCAACCGUGAUCGUCUAUGUGAAUGGAGGCUGGUCUACCUGGACUGAGUGGUCGGUGUGCAACAGCCGCUGUGGGAGAGGCUUCCAGAAGCGCACAAGGACUUGCACUAACCCUGCCCCACUCAAUGGGGGGGCCUUCUGCGAGGGGCAAAACGUUCAGAAAAUAGCUUGCACCACCCUGUGUCCAGUGGAUGGCAAAUGGACGUCCUGGAGCAAGUGGUCCACUUGUGGCACAGAGUGUACCCACUGGCGCCGGAGGGAGUGCACAGCCCCGGCCCCGAAGAAUGGAGGCAAGGACUGCGAGGGACUGGUGCUACAGUCCAAGAACUGCACCGACGGGCUCUGCAUGCAGGGUUUCAUUUAUCCUAUUUCAACUGAACAGAGAGCCCAGAAUGAAUAUGGAUUUUCUUCUGCACCUGACUCGGAUGAUGUUGCUCUCUACGUGGGGAUUGUCAUUGCUGUGAUCGUGUGCCUGGCUAUUUCUGUGGUUGUGGCCCUGUUUGUCUAUCGCAAGAACCACCGUGAUUUUGAGUCAGAUAUUAUCGACUCGUCGGCGCUAAAUGGGGGAUUUCAGCCUGUUAACAUCAAGGCUGCAAGGCAAGACCUCUUGGCAGUGCCACCAGACCUCACUUCUGCUGCAGCCAUGUACAGGGGUCCUGUGUAUGCCUUGCAUGAUGUCUCAGAUAAAAUUCCAAUGACCAAUUCUCCGAUCCUGGACCCACUGCCCAAUCUGAAGAUCAAAGUUUAUAACACCUCUGGAGCAGUCACCCCCCAGGAUGAACUCUCUGACUUCUCCUCCAAGCUGUCCCCACAGAUUACUCAGUCUCUGUUAGAGAAUGAGACAUUGAAUGUGAAGAACCAAAGCCUUGCACGGCAAGCAGACCCAUCCUGCACUGUAUUUGGGACCUUCAACUCCUUAGGGGGCCACCUAGUAAUUCCCAAUUCAGGAGUGAGUUUGCUGAUCCCAGCAGGGGCUGUUCCCCAAGGAAGAGUCUAUGAAAUGUAUGUGACAGUCCACAGGAAGGAGAGCAUGAGACCACCUAUAGAAGACAGCCAGACGCUGCUGACACCAGUGGUGAGCUGUGGCCCACCAGGAGCGCUGCUGACACGACCCGUUGUGCUGACCAUGCACCACUGUGCUGAGCCCAACAUGGAUGACUGGCAGAUCCAGCUCAAGCACCAGGCAGCCCAAGGACCAUGGGAGGAUGUAGUGGUGGUUGGGGAGGAAAACUUCACCACUCCAUGCUAUAUUCAGCUGGAUCCAGAGGCCUGCCAUAUCCUGACAGAGACCCUCUGCACGUACGCCUUGGUAGGACAGUCCAUCACCAAAGCAGCAGCCAAACGUCUCAAACUGGCCAUCUUUGGACCACUGUCCUGCUCCUCACUGGAGUACAGCAUCCGCGUCUACUGCCUUGAUGACACACAGGAUGCCCUGAAGGAGGUCCUCCAGCUUGAGCGGCAAAUGGAUGGACAGCUGUUGGAGGAACCAAAAACUUUGCAUUUUAAGGGAAGUACCCACAAUCUCCGCUUAUCCAUUCAUGACAUUGCCCACUCUCUCUGGAAGAGCAAACUGCUGGCUAAAUACCAGGAGAUUUCUUUUUACCACAUCUGGAGUGGAUGCCAGAGGAACCUGCAUUGCACCUUCAUGCUGGAACGAUUCAGCCUCAAUACCCUGGAGCUCGUCUGCAAACUCUGUGUGCGACAAGUCGAAGGAGAAGGGCAGAUCUUCCAGCUCAACUGCUCAGUAUCAGAGGAACCCACUGACACUGAUUAUCCCAUCAUGGACUCAGCAGGCAGCAUCACAACAAUAGUUGGGCCCAACGCUUUCAGCAUCCCACUCCCAAUAAGGCAGAAGCUCUGCAGCAGCCUGGAUGCACCCCAGACCCGGGGCCAUGACUGGAGGAUGUUGGCCCACAAGCUGAAACUGGACAGGUACCUAAAUUAUUUUGCUACAAAAUCAAGUCCCACCGGAGUGAUUCUGGAUCUCUGGGAAGCCCAGAAUUUCCCUGAUGGCAACCUGAGCAUGCUGGCAGCAGUGCUAGAAGAAAUGGGACGACACGAAACCAUCGUUUCUUUGGCAGCAGAAGGAAAUUACUGAUGCAGCCUUGGCGUGAACAGGAAGGACAAAUACAGGGAGCGGUAAUGCCCCAUUAUUGCAAGUGUUCGAAAUGAAAACCCAGACCAAUGAGUUACAUAAGAGACAUUUCAGAGAAGAAAGAAAGCAAACAAACAGAGAAAUAUACAGCCCUGACCUUCACAUGUGCUCUCCUUGUACAUUAUCACAGGAUCUAAAAGAAAUCAUGCAAAGUUGUACCUUGAAAAUAUAAAUCAACCUAAUGUUCCUCUUGGCUUGGCUGUACACUGCUUGGUACAGGAUUUUACAGUUUCCUAGGAAACGCUUUUUAUUGCUAUCCAGAUAUAUGGAUAAACUUUCUUAACAAUCCCA